UUAUUGGGUGUUUAAGGUAUAAGUAAUAAUUACUUUAAUUAGUAGUUAAAAGCAAUAUUGAUGUACACUAAUUUUAUUACCUAAAAUUCAUCAUCUCCGUAUUACCAUAGCAUACAAUACAAUGGAGUAGUAAAUGAAAUUGAAGAUAAAGAUUUAAUGUAGCACACUCUACUUGGACAAUCUAAUUCCUAUGGGAUCAAUUUCACUAAUUACUAUAGCAAUUAAUCAAUUUCAAGCAUAAUAAAAGCAGAAAAGUUUAACAACAACAAAAAUGAUUGUUAAAUUAGCAACUAAUAACAAUUGCAAUCUUAACCAUAAGAUAAAAAUAUAGAUUUAAGCAAUAACUAAUUAGAGUUAUUAAAAGAAUAGAAUAAAUAAGAGAAUUUAGGUGGAGAAAAGAUGAGAAAUCCAUCUAAAUCGUUAAAAAGGAUUUAAAGUGAUUAAAGUAUCAUAUCUACAUUUGCAAGAUCUACGCCCUAAUUCUAUAAUUUAAGCAAGCCCUCAUAAAUUUAUAGUUAGUAGAGUUUGAAUACAUAGCUCAUAAAUAACGAAGGAAAUUCUUAGGUUUUAAGAAAUUAACAAAUUUAAAACUCUUCAAACUAAAAUGAUAAAGAGAAGAUUAUAAAAAUAUCUAAAAUAUACUCUACAUAGUUGACAGACAAUAAGAAAUGCUAAAAAAAAGCGAAUUAGAUUAACUAGGAAUAUUAAGAAAAAAAAAGCAGUCCUUAGCAAUAGAAAUAUAACAAAUCCUCUUCUUUAAGUAACUAAGUAACUAAUUUAGUUGAACAAUAGUUUUACAGCACCUUAAUGCCUUCUUUUCUUACAAAAACUAAUAAUACUUUGAGUUCUUAUAGGGUUGAUGAAAAUAAGUAACUUUACGUGUUUCAACAACAAGCUAUAAAUUUCUAACGAAAAUAAAAAAAAACAAGGUCAAUUCCAUCAAGUAUUUAUUAAAAUAGCAAAAGAUUUACGCAAAUAAGUGUAAAUGCAGAUCAAUCUUAGAGAAGUUAAAACACAGAAGAAAAUGAAGUCAAUGUAAGCAAUUUACAGCCUACUGCUUUGUUAACAAAACAAUAAAAGAAUUCAAUUAAAAUAAUUAAAAGUGAAACAAGAAAUCAUCAAAAUUCUAUUUUUAAUAGAUCUGACAGCAAGACUAAAUUAUUAUAGCAUGGAAAGUUUCAAACAGGAAACAAUACUUAGCAAUCUUCUUAAUUUUAAAGUCACUCUUAAAGUUUAAGCAAUAUCAUGAAUUUGAAUAAAUAAUAAAAAUCUAUGAGUUAAAAAAACUCUUUAACUUACUAAUCUAUUUUAAGUAGUAUAAACUCUCCUCAAAAUAGUAGUAAUAAAAUAAGAUUGUAAAAGGAAUAAAGCUAAAUCAAUCCAUCAAAUUAGUAAUAAAAUACUAUCCUUUAAAACUUUAAUUAGACUUAAAAACCUGAUUAUGUGAUGGAUGUUUCUCCAAGUAAUGAAGCAAUUAAAAAUAAUAAUUUAGAAAAUAGUUCUUUUUACUCAAAAAGUAAAAGUUUUUAAUUGAUGUAAAAGAAUAAUUCUAAAAUACAAGCUAAUAUUCCCUCAAAUUUGUACCAUUACAAAAGUAACUCGAUGAUUGUUCCUACAACCUCCUAAAAUACGAGAAUGCAGGAAAAUAACAUUGAUUCAACUUAGAGACAUACCCAACAACCGCUUUCAUUUAAGAAAAACUAAUCUUUGUAUUAUCAAAGUGGAGAAUAGUCAUUUUAAAUGGAUAAAAAUAUGUAAAGUGACGAUUAGCACAAAUACUGUUAAUAAAAGAAAUCUUAAGAGUCUUCUCCUUAAUUAUCAGCUUCAUCAAGGAUUCCAAGUUAGGUUUUAAAGAAACACUUAUACAAGAAUAAUAUAAAAUAAAAUGAUUUACAUGAAGGAUAAUUUAAUUAAAAAAAGGGUUCAUUUUUAGUCAAGCAGUAGCAAUAUCAAUCUACACUUAAAUCUGAAUACACAGAAAGUGAUGGAAAAGCCGAAGUAGUUUCACAGAAAUAAGUUGAAAACAAUCUAGAAUAGUAAUUAUCGCCAAAAAGAAAAGUGGUAGAUAAAUAAAUUAUAAAAGAAAUUAAAUAAGAAGUAAAAGAAAAAAAUGUUGAAAAAUAAAUUUUUGAUUAAAAAAGCUAUGAAAAUAUUAGAUUUAUAAAAUAAUAUUAAACAGAUUAAUCUAACAAAAAACAAAUUACUCAUUCUGAAAGUACACAACAACUGAAAGAAUCUUUAAGUUUAUCAAAUGCAAGCAAUUCUAACUACAAUGUAGAAGAUAAAUUAUCUGAAAAUCGCAAACUCAAUUUAAAAAAGAAUUUUUCAUAAAAUUAUUAAGAAAAUGAUUCAUAAUUUAAAAAAUAAAGCUAAACCUAUACUUCAAAUUUAUAAAAUACCCUAAAGGAUAAUUAAAAAGACCUAUAAAAUUAAUUUUCUGAAAUAAAAAAAUAAAGGAAUAUGAGCUAAAUCACACUAUCUAGUAACUAACAAAACUCUUAAAAAAAAGAUGUAAUUAAUAAAACUGUUGAAGGAAUUUUGCUUGAGUAGCAGUAAUAAAUGGUGAAUAAGUAAAAUAAAUUAUCUAAAUCACCUUAAAGAACAUCUCAAACGGGAUUAUAUUAAGAUAAUUAAAUAAGUGAAUACUCUUCAAGGAUAAUAAACAACAAAAUAGAUACUGAAAAUAAGAAAUUUCUUUUAAAGCAAAUAGAGUAGCAAUAUCAAAAUAAAUAACAAAAAAAUUAAAACUUUUAUUAUCAACCUUCUAAUAAUACAAAAGAUUAUUCACCAUUAGCUUCAGCCGUUGCAAAUAAAAAAUUUUAAAAUAACAACGAUUAUAAAGGUUAAUAAGAUGAAAAUGAUAAUAAAAAAUCUUUUGCUGAAAAAAUUUAAGAUUUAGCUGAAAAAAAUAAAUAAUGGAAUAAUAAUACCAAUAAAAAGUAUGGAAAAAAUGGUUCUUUUUCUAUAAAAGCACAAGACUCUUAAAUAAUUUUAAACAAAGAAUAAGAAAAUGAUUUAAGCCCAGUUAAAUAUAAUGUACCUUAUUAAGAAAGCGAAGUUGAAUUAAAUUAAAAAGAAUCUCCUAAACCUGUUGAAGUUCCUUAGUAAAUAUUUAAUUCUAUGUGCUAAAUUAAUAUACACAGGCCAAAAACAUCAGAGGGUGGAAGCAGAUAAAGAGGAUUAAGGCUAUACUAAAAAAUCAGAAACGAUAACACUAAUGGUAUAAAUUUAAAUGACAAAAACACUCAAUUUUAAACACAAAAUAUUGCAUCAAAAAAUGGAGAUGAAAAUAAAUUAGGCCAUACUAUUAAACAAUUUUAUGCUACACACCAUCCCAGCAAAAUAAAUAAAUUAGGGUCAGAAGGUAGUUGCUUAUAAUCUAUAUUUUAGCAAAAGUAAAAUAACGUUGAUAAAAGUGUUUAUGAAAAGAUAAGCCUACCUUCGAAUUGCUAUGAAUAGUAGUAUCAAAAGAGUGAAAAUUAAGUAAGUAACGAAAUAGAAUUAAAUAAGCUUUUAGUUGAAAACGAAAGUGACUUAGGAAUUGAAGAGUUUUAGAUAGAAGAAACGAAUGAAUAAAACACAUUAUAAAAUGAAGAAUAUAAAUAAAUGGUAUCUAUGCAAUAAGAGUGUAUUAAAAAUAAUAAUUUUAUCUAAGAGUAGAAUACUUAGAGCAAUAAAAUUUUAAUUAGAUACAACAAAUCUUAAAACUAAUAGAGAAGAGAAAAACAAUAAAGCUUAAUAAAAUAUUCAGAUUCUAAUACUAUUCAAAGCAGCUCACAAGAAAUCAUACAUAAGCCAAAAGGUUCUCAACUAAAAUAAGAUUUUUUAAGUCUGUUUGCUUAAUGA